AUGAAGGUUGUUGGCCCGCAAACGAAAAGAGAAAUAGAUGUUGGAAAACAGUCUCUCAAAAAUCUGCUUGAUCUUCAAAUGGCUGACAAACUAGACAUGGUUUCCAAGUGGCCAAGUCAAUGGUUUAAUAUCAUAUUGGGAAAACAUCACAACCAUAAGGAUUACAAUGGUGUAAUAGAGCUUUUUCAUGAAUUGGAUCUAUGGGAGCUUAGAUCAUUUUUAUUGAAAGGCUUGACUUGCAGAAACCUCUCGGAAUAUCGUAAUAUUCGGUAUCCACAAAUCGAAUCGAGUCCGAAUACACAACUUGGUGACCGCACUUUUCCUUCCUUCAAGAAACUGCCAGCCGAACUUCGACUUGAUAUUUGGGAAUACGCAUUCGCGGAAGAUCUCCUCCCAAAAGUCCAUCAUCUAAAUAACACAGACCGCAAUACUGGAAAGAUCACCGACUCAAUCACAUCACAUCUCUCGUUCUCGAAUAUCGUACAAGUCUGCAAGGAAUCCCGAGAAUGGUAUCUUUCGCGAACGCACAAUACCUGGGCAUUCGGAACAUACGUCAACUUUCAUACCGACAUUUUGUACUUGACCAAACAAGUUGAGGCAUCCAAAAUUCUUUACGAGACUCUUCUCUCUUGUCCUCACAUGAAAAAGGUUCAAAAUUUGGCAUUGCGUCGAACAUUUCUUACCGAUAACCCUCAAAAUGCUUUCACCCAGGUUGAAGCAUCCGAAUAUAUUCGAGAAAAGAUUCCCUCUUUGAAAAACAUCUACGUCGUCAUAAACGAAAUCAGAGACUCAGCAAUCAUCGACCGGGAUAAUGAAAUCAAGUUUCGGCAUCUCUCGGCAAGACAAAAGAGAAAGUGGGUAGACAUCGGGUAUGCUAGGACUUGGUUGAAAUGGGUGAAUAAGGUUAUGAUCGAUAGGGGUUACAAUAGUGUGAAUCAUCAUUUUGUGAUGGUUGGUACUCAAUGUACAGAUGUAUUGUCCUCAAAUUAUGGAGAGGUGGCCUUCGAGAGGAAGAUUCGUGAUGGAAGUCUUGCGCUAUUUUGA